AUGGAAGACUUGGUGGACAUCACCGAUGAGCUCUUCAAAUCUCUCGAGGGGCUAUCUGAAAAUAAGGUGGUUCAAAGUCCGUUAUUCAAUUUGCUUGAAGGUACAAGAGCGAUUGAAAUUUCGAAUCCCAACCUUGAUACUGGCUUGAUCGAGGUUGAUGUUGACGACGUCAGCUUCGACCCUCUGGCGCCUCAGCAUGUUGACUCUGUUAUUGGAGUCAUGAACAGGUUGUUGAUUGGAUACAUGCUGUGGCUCAACAACCUGUCGCUUCCUUUGACAAUAUUGUCAUGUCGAUAUGUCCAAACGUUGUUGCAAAACUACACUUCAAACGGUGGCACUCUUCUGCAAAGAUGCAGUUUGGUGGAUUCAAGGUUGGCACCUCAAAUCAAGGACAGCCAAUCACUCGAAUAUGGAUUAGUGCAUAAGGUUUUGAAGCCAUUUUUGAUGGCCAUGGCCAGAUUUGUGGGAUUUACCUUACUGGUAGCCAUGGAAGUGCUUUAUGAAGAAGAGGAUAUCACAACACGUAAUAUGAAUUUAAACUAUCUCCAAAAUGAAGCAAUUGAGGUAGUAUUGUUUGAACUUGACACUGCGAAAGCUUGGUUGUCAACUCAAAAUUUGGAGAAACACGAUUUCGAUGUACUACAAACAAAUUUGAACAUGGCUGGCUAUUUACUCAAACUCGAAACACUUCUAGGGCUACGCUUAAACGCGUUUGUUCCUAAUGCAUCCCAAUUCAACCUUCCCUUUUUGGACCAAGCUGUGGAGGUUGCAAGCAGUUUGAAUUUCCAGGGUGAAAAAGUUCCAUCGGGACUGUUCUCAAAGUUCAUACAGUUGGACAUGGACAAUCGUAAUAUUCCCCUGGAGCUUUAUGCAAUAGACGCCUCAAAUGCUAAGCAGGAAUACAUCACAACUUUCAAACAAAUCAAGGAAUUUGUUAGUUCGGCUUCCCAAAUUGCAAAUGUUGCCCAAUUCCUCAAUUACAUGCGUUAUGAUAUCACGGCUUCUAGCACCAAAUAUAAUGCUCUUGUUAAGGGUAUCGUCAAACUAUUCAUUAUUCGAGAUGAUAGACUGAUUUUAGGGUCUCUGCUUCAUUUAGACGGAUAUGUUGGACAAGCAAUUGAGUCCCUUGUGGGCGUUAAUACUGUCAUUCUUAAACCCAUCAAUGCUGCCAGCUUGAAGGUUGAAACGGCUCUUUUGGUCCAAAAGAAAAUCGCACAACUCAAAACCGACCUCGAAUCGACCAUAUAUUACAAUUUGUUGAUCUAUGGGAACAAUCCUUGUAGACAGCAACAGUUACGCAAUAAGGGUUUAGUUAUUUGGGACACCUUGCAAAUCAAUAGUGAAACACUUGAGAGUGAGUUAUUUGUUCUUGGCAUUGGGGAUGAGCUCACUACUGGGGAGGCACUGUUGGCAGUGUCACUGUUUAUCUUCCACACGAAAUUGUCGGAAAUGCUUCUCUUGUUAAUCAAUGGUAUUGACUUGGAGCUUUACAAGGAUUAUGAGUUGUUCUUAAUUUAUUGGUACGCGCUGUAUUUAAGUCAACUUUUGCUCGAUUUGGACCUGGGCCGCAUAUGCAAUAUAAUUGAAGGUAAGAUCAACUUUAUCACCCACACCUUACCAAAGAGAUUGAAGAAACUUAAAGGUGAGAAAAAGCAAAAGCUUCGAGAUCAGCAUGCGCAUCUUGUGGAGCACGUAUUGCCUAAACUCGAAAAAACCUUGCGGUACCACCGAAACUACACAUUGGUUAAAUUGAAAGCUUACUGUCUUAUGUUUGAGGCUGUUAAGUCGAUGUUGAUGAUUUACCACUACAUUGGUGCAACUAAUUUCUUGGAGUCAGCAUCCAAGUCGCUCACUUCAUUUGAGAAUUAUUUCAACUUGCGCCUCAAGCCCUGGCUGAGUAUAGGGGUUCCGCAAUUGCCAACCUUUGAACAGUACAAAAGAUCAUUAAACUGUCCUCACGUGCCCAAUGUUGAUUAUGCCAACGAGGCUAUAAGUGCCACAAUCCUCAAAUUCAACUCUUCGAAAAAACUUUUUAAAGAAUUGCAGAAGACGUUAAUGGAAGAUGCUGAAGUGAAACUGAACUUCUUGGAAUCAUCUGCCGGUUAUGCCCAAAGGCUGUGUGAAGAACUUAUUAAAACGCUGAUUGUGUACGCUCUUAACCUUACAGAGCUUAAAAGCAAACUUCACUUGGGCUCCAAGAGUGCUGGGUACCGAAUGAAGAUCAAUCCCGGGGAUCACAAAUUUUUCCCUUACAUCAAUGUUGAAAGUAGCUCGACUAAAUAA